CCCCCUUUAUUUCCGGUUGUAUAUGGUAGUGGGUGUUUAGGGAAAUCCGCACGAUCCUCGUGGGUGUUGGUGACGUCACAACACGCAAGUUUCAAAAUAAACAAAUAAAUAAAUAAUAAAAACCCGUUAUCCCGAUUUAAAUGCGUCGUUCACACCACCGAGCGCGCGGAGAAGGACCGCAACCAGCUCUGACGUCAGCGCGGGGGGCGGGGGGGUUACCUCACGCGCAGCAGCAGCAACAGCAGCAAGGAGGCAGGAUGAGAGAGAGAGAGAGAGAGAGAGAGAGAAGCUCGCGCUGAGUUCAUCGUCGCCACCGCCCAUUAAGAGGCGCCUGUGAACCAGGGAGCGCGUGCACGUUACCGUUAACAGAAAAGGGAGAAAAAAAAAAAGCCCAGGUUCUUCAGAUUGAACCGAUUUCUCUGUUAGCUUGGAUGAUUUAAGGACUUUCUCUUUUUUGUUGUGGGUUUUUUUUUUUUUUUUUUUUUUUGGUUUUACUUUCGGGAGCGUGGGGGGACACGCGCGAGGACGGGAAUUUCGGAUACAUCUUACCACACUCGCUCGCGCCUCGCCAUGGGUUGUUCGGUAAGCGCGGAGGAGCGCGAGGCUAUGGACCGGAGCAAAGCCAUCGAGAAGAACCUGAAGGAGGACGGAAUGCACGAGGCCAAAGUGGUGAAGCUGCUGCUGCUCGGUGGAGGAGAGUCUGGGAAAAGCACUAUUGUCAAACAGAUGAAGAUUAUCCAUGAAGAUGGUUUCAGUGGAGACGAUUUAAAGCAGUUUAAACCCAUCGUCUAUAGCAACACCAUACAGAGUCUGUUCUCCAUUUUAAAAGCUAUGGAGACCCUCGGCAUCGAGUAUGAAGACAAGGACAGGGCUCCUGAUGUAAAGUUAAUCUAUGACAUAAUCAGCCGUAUGGAGGACACGGAAGAGUACACACCUGAAGUUCUGGUGGCCAUGAAGCGUUUGUGGAAAGAUGGAGGAGUUCAGGCCUGCUUCAAUCGAUCACGAGAAUAUCAGCUCAAUGACUCGGCUCAAUAUUAUCUGGACAGUUUGGACCGAAUCGGAUCACCUGAUUAUAUGCCCACUGAGCAGGACAUUCUGAGGUCGCGGGUUAAAACCACCGGUAUCGUGGAGACACACUUCAGCUUCAAGAACCUGAACUUCAGGCUGUUCGAUGUAGGAGGUCAGAGAUCCGAGAGGAAAAAAUGGAUCCACUGCUUUGAAGGUGUGACGGCUAUAAUCUUCUGUGUAGCGAUGAGCGGCUACGAUCAAAUGUUACAUGAAGAUGAGACGACGAAUCGUAUGCACGAGUCCCUCAUGCUCUUCGACUCCAUCUGUAAUAACAAGUUCUUUGUCGACACUUCCAUCAUCCUCUUCCUCAACAAGAAGGAUCUUUUCGGGGAGAAGAUAAAGAAAUCUCCGCUCACCAUGUGUUUCCCCGAGUAUACAGGUCCGAACACGUUUGAAGACGCGUCUGCGUAUAUACAGGUUCAGUUUGAGGGUAAAAACCGUUCUCCUAAUAAAGAGAUUUACUGCCACCUGACGUGUGCGACUGACACGGGAAACAUUCAGGUGGUGUUCGACGCGGUCACUGACAUCAUCAUCGCCAACAACCUGCGUGGCUGUGGCCUGUACUGAGCUGCACCGAGCCUGCCGUCAUCACAAUCACUGUUUCUCGUCAUGGUAACGAGCGACCGAACUGAAACUCCGCCCCCUCGACCAACGUUCUCUCAUCCUGUUUUUGUCUGGUUUUCUUUAUAAUCCUGAGUUAAAACAGGCACUGGUUCGUGUGUGUGUGUGUGUGUGUAUGUGUGUGUGUGUGUGGGGGGGGGUAAUUAGUGUACAGUUAAAUCUGGAAUGUUUGCAGGACGCAGAGCAAAACAAAAAAACGUGAAAUGAGCGUAAAUACAAUCUACAAAAAAGAACUCUCAGGAUGGUCGAGAGAUCGAUUUCUGCUCUAAACUGUUUUUAUUUAUUAAUUAAUGAACAUCUCAGAAGCAGUAAAUGUUGAUGAGAUAUUCGUCACGGUUUGAUUUUUACAAAAACGAAGCAGCUCUCAGGCCAGAGGCGUGAGAAACGAACGAGCAUUCGGGAGAAAGCGUAGAACGGUAAGCUCUCCUGUGACGUCGAGGGAACCGUCGCGCUAAAAGCACAAGUAGAUUCCGGAUCACGCUUUACAUCACGGUUCUCUUAACCGACAUCAUUUACAUAUUCAUUAACAUAAACAAAUCCGGAACGUCAGCAUUAACGCCCCAUCAGGAACAAGCUAAUUAAGACUCGGUAAAUAUUAAUUCCUUUUUUUUUUUUUCUUCUUUUCUUUUUUUUUUUUUUUUUAAACGGACGCCUCCAUUAAAUACCGUUUCUGUCGUCAGCGAGUAAACUUCAUCCUUGAUCUGAUCUUCACACCUGGAGAUCAGUGUUCAGGACGCUCUCGACUUUUAGCACCAUUUUAUUCCAUUUGUAUUCAUGGCGUUAACAUUAUUCGACUCAGGUGUAUUUCGUUAACACUUAAACGAACGUGUUAAGUUCGGAGUACCGGAGCUGCUGUUAGAGAAAAUUACUAUUAAUCCACACCUUCUGACCAAUCACAAUGCAGAAUCCAACAGCGCUGCGGGAUGACCGAUGCUAAUUGAUGUUCAUGCAGUACGUCGUUCUCGUUAAGGGACUCUUCGUGUAAAAGCUCACCAUUUCUUUGUAAAUGAUUCUAUUUAUUGAGUUGUGUAUAAAAUAUGAGGGCUUGUGUGUACAGAUUUUGUAUCUUCUGCACGUACGUGUUAGAUCUCUAUAAACAGAGCCGACCAAUUCAGCGCACUGACGGUUAUAUAUCCCGGAGUAGAGGAAAAAAUGUAGCACAUUUAUAAUUAGUGAAAUUAAUACAUAAACGAACUACUGAACUCACUUUCUGUAUCUGUGUGUGUGUGUGUGUGUGUGUGUGUGUGCGCGCACAAAUGAGAUUCAUCUUUUCUCUCUCCUGUUACCGAACCCUCAUUUCUUUCCCGUCCUCUUUUGUUUGUUUGUUUGUUUGUUUGUUUGUUUGUUUGUUUUUUUAUGCUUAGCAUCUCUGUCUUUCCAUACAUCAUUGUACUUCUGGUUCAAUUUAGUCACCUGAUGAAAUGUUUACAAUAAAAUCACAGUUUGGAACCAU